ACAAUUAAUCAACACACUGAAAUAUUUAUUUUCUAUUUAUUUUAUUGUUACACUAUAUAUCUACCUACAAUGUGUAAAAACAAAUAAAUUAGAUUGAUCUGUGUAAAGCUUACUAUUUGACUAUUUCAUAUAUUUUAAUUAAAUACAAUGGAAGGGAAUGGUGCAGUAUUGUGUGACAAUCUAAUCAAUUGGCUACAAACGCUAAAUCUUAAGGCCAAACAUGGAAAUCCAAUGGAACUCUCAGAUGGAGUGGCAAUAGCUGAAGCUUUGACCCAGAUAGCCCCUGAAUAUUUCACUCCAUCAUGGAAUACAAAAAUAAAGACAGAUGUUGGAAACAACUGGAGACUAAAAGUUAGUAAUUUAAAGAAAAUAUUGGAGGGUGUUGUUGAUUACCAUCAAGACAUUUUGAAUUUGAGUCUUCAAGAAUUCCCAAGACCUGAUGUAGUCAACAUUGCUGAAACAGCCGACCCGUCUGACUUAAGAAGGUUGCUACAAUUAGUUUUAAGUUGUGCAGUAAACUGUAUUAAGAAGGAAGAGUACAUAACAAGAAUAAUGGAAAUGGAGUUAUCUUGUCAAAGAUCUAUAAUGCAAGCUAUACAGGAAUUGGAGACGUUGACUUUGGGAGCGAAUCGUGGGAGUUUGCAUUCAGAAGACAUAGGCAUUGAACAUUCCGAUGCUGAGAUGAGAGAAAUUUUGGCGCAAAGAUGCCAUGAGUUGGAUACACAGGUAAAAAUCCUUCAAGAGGAAAAGAUGACGCUUCUGAGCGAGGUGGCGCGGCUGACGGCAGCCCGAGACGCUGCGAGCGCGGCCGCCGACGACGUCGACCUCGACGACGGCGGCGAGUCCCUGGGGCCCGCCCACGCCGGCACCCUCCGCUACAGCAACAUGCGGGCCCAGCUCGACGCGCUUAAAGACGAACUGGACAAAGUCGAGCUGCAGAGAGACGAUCAGAGGGCACGAAGCGACGCCCUCGAAAGGGAGUUGGCCAUUUUAAAAUUACGCAACGAGGAGCUACAGAUAGCGGCCCAAGAGAACGUGGCUCUGAAAGACGAAGUGGAUGCUUUACGUGAGACGGCGGCGAAGGCGGUCGCCUUGGAGACCACAGUGGCAUCGUAUAAAAAGAGGAUGGAGGAAUAUGUUGAUUUAAAAAAACAGGUUAAGUUACUAGAGCACGCCAACACAGAGUACGUUCAACGCACCAUAGAGUACGAGCAGGCGGCCGCGCGAGCGAACGCAGUGCGGGUGCAACUCGAUAUUUACAAGAAACAGGUGACGGAUCUGAAUGAAAAAUUAGACGCGGAAAUAACGAAAGCCGAUAAAUUGGAGAUUGAAAACAAGAAGUUGAGUAGUCGCGCUGCCUCCCUGCAGAGGGAGAGGGACGCGCUCGUUGAGGAAAAGAGUAUGCUCCGUGAGACUGUCGACGAACUGCGGUGCUCCACAAUGACCACGGACGCAAGUAAAGACAAUGUCUCAAGGGAGCUAAUGCCGAAUGACGUCAAAGAGCGCUUGAUCAGGCUGGAGCAUGAAAACAAACUGUUGCGGCAGAACCAAAGCGCACCGUUCGACGAGGCUCUAAUCGAGGACUACAGGGCUCGACUCGAGAAGCAACGAGCCGAGAACCGCGAGGCGAGCCAGCGGAUCAUGCAGCUCGAGGCCACGCUCGAAGCUCCUCAUCCUAGACUUGCCUCUGCCAUAGAGGACAACCAGAGAAAAUCUCUCCAAGUCGAAGAGCUCCAGAACGCUCUGAGCGAAGAGAGGCGUCGCUCCGCCAAGCUGCAGGAGGACGUCGCCGCGCGAGACGCGGACCUGCUGGCGCUCGAGGACAAGUACAAGAAGUACGUCGAGAAGGCCAAGGAAGUCAUCAGGACUCUCGACCCGAAAACUACAGGUCAACAGUCAAUAUCUGACCCGACACAAGGUAACGCCGGCGCCGCUAAUGCGUCACGGCCGGACCCCACGGCCACAAACAACAACAGACACGAGUGGGGCGGCAGCGGCGCGGAGACGGCCCGCGACAGCGAGCAGCGCCUCGUGACGUCGGCCUGGUACCAGCUGGGCGCGCGCUGCCACCGCGACGCCGUGGAGACCAGGCUGGCGCUGCUGUCCGCGGGCCACUCCUUCCUGGACCGGCAACGCAGACAGCCGCCGCGCAGACACCCGCGCGCGCCGCCGCUCAAGAAGUCUGCACAAUGACGUCAUUAGAUCCUCAUCGUUCACACGAUCGAACAAACUUCGAACCUACGGCAAUAAACUAACAAAAUUGACCUACUUUAGAAGAAUUGAUGGUUUUUAGCGAUCAUAUAUCGAAAGAUCAAUCAGGCGGAAACUAAAAAGACUUCCGCGCGCGCCCCCCCUCAAAAAGUCUGCACAAUGACGUCAUUAGAUCCUCAACGUUCACGCGAUCGACCAGACUUCGAACCUACGGCAAUAAACUAACAAAAUUGACCCAUUUUAGAAGAAUUGAUGGUUUUUAGCCAUCAUAUAUAGAAAAGAUCAAUCAGGCGGAGACUAAAAAGACUUCCGCGCGGGCCCCCCCUCAAGAAGUCUGCACAAUGACGUCAUUAGAUCCUCAUCGUUCACAUGAUUGACCAGACUUCGAACUUACAGCAAUACAACGUGAGAAUUUCGUGGAUAUAUAAUUCAAGAUAAAAAGUAAUAGAUAUAAAUUAAGCAAAGGCGGUGCCUUUGUUUGUGACCUUGGUAAUCCAUGGAUAACAGUAAUCGUUUAAGAUCUGCUUUGGAUGUCAAUAAAAAAGUAUCCUCUUAAGAUCUUUCGACCAUAACUGGAUCGGGUCGUGUGUAAUAUUCUGUACGAGGUUCUCUUCCCCUGACAAGGUUUGUCCCAGUGUUCGUUACAAAAAAAUAUAAUAUAUAAUAAAAAUUUAAAAUAAUGACAUGGUUUUAUCGAUCGAAGAUUCCUCUAUUUUUGUACAAAAAGUAACGUAAGAAUGUUAGUUAAGAUCCCACCUUUUUGUGCCGACGUGUCUUUUAACUAUACGCAAAUUUCUGUACAAACGAUUUUCAAAGUGUCAAUUCCUAUUAAUGUAAGAGACCUCUUCAGAACUCUGGAAAGAGUAAUUGUACGUUCAUAAUUUACGAACGUACGUAACAAUAUAAUAUUUAAUGUAAAAUAAAUAAGCACCCAAAUUGCUUGUAAGAAAUAAAAUUAUA